AUGCCUCUAAAGGACUGCUGGGAGUACUAUUCGCGGGUUAUCAAGGACCAACAAGCUGUGGUCGAAUCUCGGGAUGAUGAGAAAGCCUUCAUUUAUGGCUUAGAGCGAUUCUCACAGCUAAUGCGGGUGACCGUUACGCCUGCAGCGCAUGGCCGUACUUUCUCUCCGCUAUAUCAAACACCGACCAUCCGAGCCUUUCCUUAUGGCUUUAACUAUCCUAUUCCACGGGGAUGGCAAAUUGAUCCGAAUGAAGGGGGCAUUUUCGAGCCUUUGCUAUGGUUAGAGACGAAAGAAGAGUAUAAGGAGAUGUGGAGAGGGGUUAGGAUUGCUCUUCGCGUUCUAUCCACGAUGGAUAACCAUAAUGUCUCCGAAUUAUGCUUUGAUUCAAAGUCACUCGCCACUGGGAUAAACUACACGAUUUUUGCUCAGCCGUGUGAAGAGUCUAACCAUUUUGCUGCUAUUAUGAAACGCCCAGGCUUUCGUCAUCUUUAUCUAUCUCUACUAGUUGGGUAUGGCUGGAUUUAUAAUGAUCAGGAAGGUUUCACGAGCGGAUGCUUCUCCGAGGCUGUUAGCUUGGCGAAGGAUCUAACGUACUUUCAUUUAAUAACGGCAUUAGAGGGCGGUAUAGCUGGAGAACCAGUUAUCCCUUUAAAAGAGUUGAUCCCUAUCCAGCAAUGGCCAAAACUUCAUCACUUUGGGCUUUCGAAGUUGAGUAUCAACACAUCAGACUUGAUUGAUCUGCUGAAUUCGGCAUCAUCUUCACUUCAAUAUGUUGAGCUAGGAUCCCUCAACCUUCCCAACGACGACUGGUCUGGGCUAUUAGAGCGGAUGCGAGAUGAGCUUGAUUGGACUAAGCGCGAUCAAUCACUAAGACCGACCGUGAAAAUCACUAUGGAGAUGGAACGGAUGCAUGCCGGGAGAAUUGCUGUUCUUAAAGAUGAGGUAACGAACUUUCUUUAUGACUCUGGUGAAAUUCCCACGUCAGAUGUACCUAACUUCCCCAAACUGGGAAUGGGUACUCUACAUGAUAUUUUCGAGCCUGAAUAUACUCGGCCACAUGUCCUGAUCCAGGAGCUUAAGGAUUUGGGAAUUUCGAAGGGUUUCUAA